UCGCCACAAAACACACACAACACGCUUGGCAAGUCUGUGCACGCCGGGAGCAUGGAAGCAAAAAUGCUUCACGGCCAACAUGGCAACGGGAAACGAGUUCGAAAGCGUUGCACCGCUGUCGCCCACUGCAGCGACGAUCGACGAAUACGACAUCGCUGCCUUUUUCCAACUAAGCUCACGCGCUUGAUCGGCGCCAUCAUGCUCGUCGCAACGGUAGCUCUCAGGGGCGGGGUCUUGGCCUCGUCAAACCCUCUCGAGCUCAACGGGGGGUCUUGCCUCGCUAUGGCGGGCAAGGGUUGCGUGGCGCUGGCGGUGGACCGGCGAUUCGGGCUGGAAGGGCAGCUUGUCUCAACCGAGGCGAAACGCGUGUUGAAGGUCAACGGCCAACUACUUUGCGGAUUCACGGGGCUGUGGACGGACGUCUUGACGGUGAUGCAGGACCUGUCCUCGGAGGUCGCCCUCAAGAGCCUGGCGGAGGCCGACCGCCCCAUCGCCCCGGCGGCGCUGGCGGGGCUACUCUCUACCCUGCUCUACUCGCGCCGAGGGAGCCCGUGGUUCGUGGAGCCGAUCGUUGCGGGUCUGGACCCCCGGGGCAGGCCGUAUCUCUGCGGGCAGGACAUACUUGGAGCCCCCGUAGAAGUGGACGAUUUCGUGGUGGCAGGUACCUCGGCGCAGUCCCUGUACGGAACCUGCGAGGCUUUCUUUCGGCCGGGGAUGGAGCGGGAGGAAUUGUUUCGGGUGGCUUCCCGCUGCCUGCUGUCGGCGCUGGAGCGGGACUGCUUGAGCGGGUACGGGGCGGUGGUUCACCUCAUCACCGAGGAGGGCAUCGAGACGCGAGAACUCACGACUCGGAUGGAUUGAUCAAUUCUCCGAAAAAAGCGGAGGCGGAUAUAUGGUUUGUGUUGAUUUCGUUGGGAGUGUGUGUCGAUCGAUAGCUCUCGCCUGGGAAAGUAAGAUUGACACACAUCCGAGAGUGGCGGUAGACACGGCGUGAUUCAAUGAUUGGAUGCCGCCGCGGUGCCUUGCGUUGUGUGGUUGAUUCGCUUUUACGGAGUAUCGGUGUGUUUGUAAUAGCCUGAAUCAUGUGAAUAUUGUCUGCGUUCGCGCCACGCUUCGGCGGAGAGCAUGACAACACGUACGUAUGACCUUUUGAUUGGACUCAGAAGGACCAAUCAACGCAAAUGAUGGCAUGUCUUGUUGAUAUGUUGUUUCGUCGGUCGACUUUGCUGUCCAACGACGACGCCUCUCCUUGUGCUGCUGGUUUGUUGCCCCCAACAUCUCGAGGAUUCCACCUCAACCGCAUAUAUAUGCACAACGAAUCGGCCAUCAUGCCAUGAUGGGUUAGGCCCUAUAGCGUUGUGGGGGUCGAUUUUAGCGCACAAGUGCGGAGGAUAUCGGCGGCGUGCCGUCCGACAGCCGACUUAUUUUGUGUGCUUCUAGGAAGGCGCGGGAAAUAGAGGUCCGUGCGUGAGUGGUCCCGGAUCGAAAACAACCUGAUUUUUUUUCUCGU